GCCUCGCCAGGCGGCGCUGUAAAGCCGGGGAGGAGGGCGGGGUCUCGGCACCUCAUCCUCCAUCCUCCGCCCGAGACCGGAGGGAUGUUCCCUGCUCAGGAGGAGGCCGACAGAACGGUGUUUGUGGGGAAUUUAGAGGCCCGUGUGCGGGAGGAGAUCCUUUACGAGCUGUUCCUUCAGGCUGGGCCAUUAACCAAAGUGAUUAUAUGCAAAGACAAAGACGGAAAGCCGAAGUCUUUUGGAUUUGUCUGCUUUAAGCACCCAGAAUCGGUGUCUUAUGCCAUAGCUUUGCUGAAUGGAAUUCGUUUAUAUGGAAGACCAAUUAAUGUGCAGUAUCGAUUUGGGAGUUCUCACUCUUCUGAACCAGCUAACCAAAGUUUUGAGAGCUGUGUUAAGAUAAAUUCACACAGCUACAGAAAUGAAGAAGUCAUGGGCAGAUCUUCCUUCCCCAUGCAGCUCUUUCCAACUAAUAAUGCAGCUUUACCUCAAGAACACUUUUUCUUUCAGAGAAUGCAGUGGCAUGCAUAUAAUCCAGCACUGCAGCUUCCUUACUGUGAGAUGACAGCACCACUUCCUAAUAGCACAUCCAUGUCUCCCUCACUAAAUCGUGUUCCAAAUCUAGAGGCUGGACCCAGCUCCUAUGAAUGGACUCACCAACAACCACGUGACCCUGAUCUUUAUCAGAUAAAUAAACGAAAGAGGCAAAAACAAACCAGUGAUAGUGAUAGCAGUACAGAAAACAAUAGAGGAAGUGAAUAUAGCCAAAAGUUCCAAAAGUGUAAGAAAAAGAAGAGAUAUUAGUAUUACAUUUAAAUGAAAUUUAUCUAUACUUUUCUUAAUGCUCUUAAAAGAAAAAAGUCUGUAUUGUACUAAAUGACCAAUUUCAUGGCUUUCUUGUCUUUUUUGAAAUAUAUAUGAUAACAUGAUAUCUGAGUUGCUAUUGAAUUUUUGUCUUCAAUGACAGAAACUUAAAAAUAAUAUGUUUUUUUGUAUUUGUAAUAGUAUUGUUGACUUAUUGUUAAUAAGAAAUACAUUUUGAGUUGUUAUAUUUUAGUAUUGAUGAUGAAAUUUCACUAUACUGUCAGUCAAAGGUCACUUAGCACUUGUGGAUAAGGCACCAUGCUCUCCUCCACUGUUGCCUAUAUGGAGUGGUGGAUUUUUCUGAAUGAAACUAGUGCAAAUGUUUAAGAGGUGCAUUGUUCCCAACAGAGGGAAAAGCAAGCUUUAGUUUCCUUUGUUAACAUUUUAUUUUUUAUGUCUAAAUAUGUUAUUUCUGAGCCUUAACUCUCCUACAGGUUUGUUUCAUAAACUGAGAAUAUAUGACAGUGGUACCAAAGGAAAGAUGAUUAUCAUGGGGCUAGUUUUGGCAUCAUUCCCUUUUUAUACAAUUGUAUAUAAUUAUGAAUGUCUGCCUUUUCUCACUUAUUAUGUUUCACAAAAAUAGUUGGCUAUGUCAGAAUUUAUUAUCCACCUCUUUUGGUAACUGGGUUGGAGAAGGUAUAUUUGACAUAUUUAAGGCUUGAUAAUGAACAAUAGAAUGAUAUUUCAUUAAUGUAUGUUAUUAUUUAUCAACAAAUCAAGUUUCCUAUUUCUGGCUUAUUUACUUUUAGAAGAUAGACUACGUGUAAAUUAUUGAUUUAUUACAUUUUUUGUUAACUUUGUAGCUCAUUUUAAACUAAAAUUUGUGAAAUAUAUUUACUAAAGCUAAUAAAAGAAUCAUGUAACUUCAAUAGGAGUUACCCACCCAAUUCAAUAGGAAAAGCUAUGCUUGGAUAUUUCUUUUACAUAUUGCAUAGCACUUUAUAGAUCUUUAUUAUUUAAAAUAAUAAAGAUGUUUUUAGCAAAAUGUGUAACUGAAUUUAAGUUUUGGCUAUAAAUAAUACAAUGCAGUAAAGUUUUAAAUGUAAUUAUUACAGUAUUUCCAUCUGAUCAUCAUGAAAACAAAAUUUAGCUUGAUGUAGCUUGAUCUAUAUACUUUCAUGUUCCUAAAUAUUCAAAUUUAAAAAGAUGACAUUUUUUUUCUUUUUAAAUUCACAGUUUUGCAAUUUAGAAUUAUGCCAAAGGGAAAAAUAAAUUUCUAUGUAAAUAGAAAAAAUAAAUACACAUUUAAACGCAUUUUCUUCAAUUCUUAUACCUUACAGUUUACCUUAGCCCUACAUUAUUUCAAUGUGAUUGGCAUUAUAGGAAAUAUGUACAUGAGAAGUGUCUCUUAGCAAGAAAGAGUGGCAUAUUUGUAAGAAAAUUAUUUUGAAAUAUUGUUACACAAACUAAAAUCUUAGAACUGCAAGGAACUUUCAACUUUUUUCAUCCCAGGCAGGAAGUUCCUCAGUAUCGACUUUAGCAAGUCAACCAAUUCGAACCAAGCAGAAGGCAAAUUCAUCUAUUUACCCCAGUGUCUUUCAUUGUUAGAAAUAUAAAACUUCCCUUAAAGUGUUAAUAAUCUACAAUACUGUAUAAUUUUAAAUUAUCGA